AGAAGCAGAUAAUCUGUCCAGUUGUUGUGAAUAACCAAUCCAUUUGAUCGCCUUAAAAUAUAUUUUGUAUAUUUUACUGAAUUUUGUCUUAUUGCCAAGGACAAUGCUUCGUAGCAUGUAGCACGGCGCACCAUUGUAAUUUUGAUUAUAUAUUACUGAUUAUAGGGUAUGAAGAACCUCAGCAUCAGCCCUGUUAUAAAUUAUAAACUUAUAUUUAAAUAUAAUGUUUAUUUAAUAUAUUUCUUUAUGCAUAAGUGAUUGGAAGUAUUUUUACCUUAUUCAUGAUUUCUUAUAUCUCAUAGUUUUUCUUGUUUAGUUUGGCAGUAAGUUCAUUAUAUAGAUCAACUAGAUCAAAUUCAACAUUUUGACGUUCGAUUUUAUAUUAUACGUCAUAUGUCACAACACAACAUAACCUGCAAUUUGAUUAUUAUAUUUUAAAUUUAAAGAAAAAAAAUUAGAACAUUUGACAGGUAUUUUCUUACUAAAAUUCUAUCAAAAGUAUUGUCCGAAACUACAUCAAUUGAUUCGAUUUACUUUGUUUAUUUUAAUAUUAGUUAUUAUAGUGACGAUGAAACAUAUAUACGCGCCAAGACCAAUAUUCGUUCGUGAUAAUAACAGCUGACCAAAAGAGACUACGCAGUUUGAUACGCAGUCCUGAUGAGUAUACGUCGUAUGCAUCUAUAUAUAUCUAUAGGUAUAUAAUCUAUAUAUAGUCUUAUAUUCGGAGGCCGCCCGCGUAUUGCCAUGUAACGCAAAUUCGCCGAUGCAACAUAAAACAUAACCGCAUAGUUUGUAUUCUAUUUAAUUAAAGUUCUAUAGUUAAAUCAAAAUUAAAUAAUAUUUGAUUUUGCAUUGCAAAUUACUUUACUUUUUAAAAUUAAAAUUUCGUCAUUUAAUUUGAAAUUUAAACAAAAUGUUAAAUUACAAAUUUACUAUUGAAUUAUAAUUUUAUGACCAUUUACAAGUUUAAUAAAUAUGUUGAAUACAAUUUUGAAUGGAAGUAAGCAUGUUUGUCAUGUCGCUAAUAAGCAAACCAGCUCGAGGCACUUUUACAAAUGGCUAAUUAUCAUGUUCAAUGGUAUAAAUAAGAAAAGAAUAGAAGAAGUAGGUCCAGAUCGAGCUUGUGCAGAAUGGUUACUACGUAACGGAGCAUCAGUUCAAUGGAAAGGCAUGAAAGAGUAUUUAACAAAUUAUAAUUUACUUCCUAAAGAAGAAGAAAGAUUUUACCUGAGUGGUGUUGACGCCACUGAUUCUGCCAUUCAUCAUAUUGGUUUUCCACACUUUUCUGGAUGCAAGUACAUAGAGGAUAUAAAACUUGUGCGAUGUUCCUACAUUGAAAAUGAUGCCAUACCACUGUUAUCAAUUGUAAAAGAUUCUUUAAAACAUCUUGAAGUAGUAGAAUGUAAAAAUGUAACUGAUGAAGCAUUGUUACAUCUGAAAAACCUGGUGAACUUGAAAACACUCAAACUGGGUGGUAUGCCAUAUGUAGAGAACAAAGACAACGUUGUAUCAAAACUGACUGCUGCAUUGCCAAACUGUAAAAUAUCCUAUAUGGACUGAGAUUAUUUAAACUAUCAUAAUUUUAGAUAUUAUGUGUGGCUGAGUGACAUCCAAGUAUAAUCAAACGUGUUAUUCAUUAACAUUUUAUUUAUAUACAAAUGUAUUUUAAAUUAAAAAAUGUUUCUAACAAUAAUAUUUAAAAUAAAAUUUAUUUUCAUAAAAAAACUCAAA